GCCUGCUGUUAUAUUUAUUGAAAUGUAGUGUUUUAUAUAUACCUAGGUGCCUAGGUAGAUACACUUUCAGUCUCCUAUUAUCUACCUAUAUCACCUCACUAUUUGCAGCUUGCAAUCUUCACUUCACUUCGUGGUGUGGUAACUUUGUGAUCGAUCGAUAUAAAGCUCAGAUUGUGGCGGUGCAUUUGCAGAGCUUAACUUCUUCCUAACAAUGAUAAAAUUAAUGCUUUUGGCAUUGUUCGCUACGACUUCCUUAUGUGACGAAACUAUAGAAUUUGCUGUGGUAAUUUACCGCCAUGGCGAUAGAACCCCAGUGAACCCCUACCCAACAGACCCUUGGAAGAAUGAAUCCCUGUGGCCCGUGAACUUUGGACAACUUACCAAUAUUGGCAAGAAGCGGCACUACCAGCUGGGACAAUGGUUUCGGAAGCGAUAUUCGCACUUAAUUUCAAAGCAGUACAAUCCACAAGAGAUAUAUGUAAGAUCCACGGAUGUUGAUCGCACUCUUAUGUCUGCUCAGGCCAAUUUAGCUGGAAUGUAUCCUCCAAAUGGAACUAGUGUGUGGAAUCCAGAUUUGAUGUGGCAGCCAAUACCUGUACAUACAGUUCCUGAACAUGAUGACAACAUUCUUGCAAUGAAAAAGUCCUGUCCAGCCUAUGAUAAGGAGCAUCUGAAAUACACCCAUUCAGUGGAAUACCUGAAUAAACUCCAUAAAUAUGAUGAACUAAUGCAUUACUUAUCUUCGAACACUGGCACCAAAAUUAAGAGCUUUGCCGAUAUUUUGGAUAUCUACAGCACUUUGUACAUUGAAGAAUUGAAUAAUUUCACCUUACCGCAAUGGACUCGCUCUGUCUACCCUGAAAAAAUGAGGGAACCGGCUGGUUACAGCUUCAAGACGGAAACGGCGACACCUCUAUUGGCCCGUCUUAAAGUUGGGCCUUUGAUGAAAAUCAUUGUCACAUCAAUACAAGAGGUCAUAUCGAAUAAGACUACUGGAAAAAGUAAAAAGCACAAAAAACUGUUAAUCUAUAGCGCCCAUGACUUGACGAUCGGAAACAUUCUCAACUCGUUGGAUAUGUACGACGGAAAAUGUCCCGCUUUCACAUCUACGAUCUUGAUAGAAUUAAUACAUGAUGAUUACACUCAGGAUUAUUACAUUAGAAUCUUGUACCGGAACUCGACUGAAAUUAUAGAACCCAGCAUUUUAAAUAUACCUUGCUGUGGUGCGAAGUGUCCAUUUGAACGCUUCAAGACCAUCUAUGACAACCUGAUUUCCGUUAAAUGGGACUAUGAAUGCAGGCAAUCUCAGUUCGUGGCGAUUCUUGUUAUGUCUUUCAUAGUUGGAAUGGGACUUUUUGCUACUAUCUACAUGACUCAUAAAGUACUUUUUAUGCACUGGUCGAAAGAGAUUGAUCCCGAAGUAGAGCAGUAUGAUAGGUUUGUGAAUACGCAUUUUGUUACCUUAAAAGUGAGCAUGGAUUGUUCAUUCAACAGAGACCAGGUCUAAAAUGAGUCCGCGGCAGACUAUAGUCAAGUAAAUAUGGCGUCACCUUCGGCCACUGCUGUCAUGUGAAAAAGGAUUCUCGAUAUGUGGACACUUGCGAGCUACCAUCAAAAUGUUUGGGACUGUUUGAUUGAGAGAUUGUUGCGGGGUCCGAAAUUACUCCAAUUGCCAAAGAUGCUAUGAAAUUUCGACUAUAUAUUAUCUACCUAAUUAUCACACAUUCGAGUUCAUUAAUGUGAAUCAAGUAAUAAUAAUAUGGUAACGCUUUAGGUGUAAUGUAUUAGAUGAGUUGUCUUAAAAUGAAGGUUAUUAAUGAAAUGUCUUAGGUGCACAAGGCCUUAAUAAUAAAAGUAUCGUAUUAAUAUCAUACGUAGUUCUACUAUUUCUAAUCAAACAAUAUUAUAAAGUAUUUUGCUGGUAGUUUAAUUGAAAGUAAAAUUCCAUUAAUAAUAAUAAUAUAUACCUUAAUCAUCUUUAAAUAUAAGUAUUUGUUGCCUUUAUUUUUAUAAUUAAUUAAUCAUUAUGAGUCGUUGGCUGGUAAUAAUUAAAAAUAAAUGAACGUAAAAGUACUUUAAGUUUACACAUAGCUUGUAAAGAUGGGUCCUGUAUUUCAAUUGUUUUUGUUGAUAUUAUUGGUAAUGAUGAUUUUAUCUGACAGCUCCCAAUUUAACUCUCUCUUUGAUAUUAAAUGUCUAUUAUAACUCUUUAAUUAUCAUAAUAAUACUCGAUAUUCAUGUUUAUAAUUAUAUAUAACCUUUUAGGAAAAUAUCAUUAUUGGUAGCAAAGUGGAUUAUUGUGACUGAUAAAUGAAAUAUGUAAAUUGUGAUACAUAUGUAUUAAAAAGUACAUAUUUUUUGUAAUUUAUCGUUUGUAUAACGACGAAACUUUAGUAAUUUUUUAUAUUUUUUUUUUAUUUUUGAGGCGGAAUUAGCACUAAUAAAGGCCAAAACGCCCUAACAAGGCGACGGGUUCAGUGGUCUAUAAAAAUGUACCAAAAUAAAAAGCACGUCGCAUGAGACUGCUCAAACUUUAAUUCAAACUGAGGAGACCUUUUAAUUUAUUUAAGACUGAGUAAUUAACUUGUGUAACUUUAAUAUUUUCAAAGAAUGACAAAAUUCUUUGGUACUUCCAAUUUUAUUAUGAAUGAUAAAAUAUAUCGCAAAUUGAUGUCUAUUAGUGAAAUUAUCACUAAUCAUUUAAAACGUCACAAUUGUAGAUUUUGUGUAAUUUUAGAUCUGAUUACAGGUAUUUUUGUUUAAACUUUAUAAUAAUGUAGCGUAGAAAACCUUGGUGUUCUCUGUAUAUUAGGUAUACCGUACUUGUAAUUUUUGGUGUUGAUGUUUAAAUAAAUAAAAAAGAAA